CUGCCGGGCCGUUAUCGCGUGGGGCGCGGGUGGCGCGGCUCGAGAGGCUACCACAGAGCUGAUAGCGGCGCACCGAGCCCACUCGCACAAGGUCUCGGCCAACAACACCGGCAGACCGGCACCGUGGCGCAGCCAGUCGACUCAGCGGCCAGCCGACCAGACAGACACACACUGCCCAGAUGGCCCGCAGGGCACAUGACCACUGUGGUCUGCUAACGGCCGCCGCGCUGCUGCUGCUGAUGGCUUCAGCUCUGGCUGGCGACUGGUGCGAGAAUUUCGAGUCUGGAGCUGGAACAUUCUGGGAGCAGCGCAGCUUCAGCGGACGCUGGCAGGCCAGCACCUAUUCACAAGAAUCAGCUUUGACCACCGCAAAGAUACCAAAACCGAUCACCGGCGAGAGCGGUGUGCUGGUGCUACGUCCGUGGCGCGCCGGAGCCGCGGCCGCCUCCCGGCUCGUCUCCCCGGAGCUGCUGGUCUCCGAGGGCGGCGCCAUCGAGAUCACCUACUGGCUGUGGUAUAACGGCGCUCCGAACCAGGUCACCUUUCUACUUUACAGGUCAGAUCACGGCACUGGCUGAGCCGUACUUACAGUC